AUGGACCACAAAUUACCUUACAUCUUUCAAGAAGAUGCCUAUUGGGCCGCCGAACCAGACGAAAUGAGUCUUUACGCGAAUCUUGUGGUAGCGUGUGCAGAAAACCAUCUCAGUCCCUUUGCCGCAGCUCAAGAAAUCACAGAUACUUUGGCCCACGAGGCGUGGAAGAACAAGGACGAGAUCGACUUGCACAACGAAGACAGACCAUACAACACGAAUACAGCAUUAGUCGCUGUCUUGAUUUGUAGCUGUAUAUCCUCAUUUCCACCACACAGUAUAGUUCACGAACGGCUAUUCAACAUGAUUAGGAGCUUUGUAAAGGUCGAGAAGCGUCCGAUACCAAACAGUAUGCUGGAUCGUACUGGCAAGUUUCGGUAUGGAGACCACGAUGCACUAGAGGAGUCGAGGCCAACGGUGCUGCUAUGGGAAGACUUGAGUCCUUUGUCAUUCUCGUCAAGCUGUGAGUGGCUUGCAGAUAUUGGCGAAACUUGGACAGGAGUGGAGAAAUGUGGAAGUCGGGAACAACAGCGGUGGCGAAAUCUGUCGUUCUUCUCUGCUAGGUUAGCCAUUGAGGGUAUCGAGCAUGUGGGUUGGCGUAGUCCGCUACAACGAUUACUUCCAGAGUACGGGAUGCCGAGUCAGAAGACUAUAGGAUAUUCUGGAUUCCUAGCUGGUCAGAUUCUCGCCGCGGCUCAGUGGUUUGUUCCUAAAGACCGUGCAAUAUGGGUAUGGCGGGCUUGUCGCGAUUGCGAGAAGCUGUGCAAACACAAUCCCAGGCUAGCUGAUGGGCCCGGUUCGAGUGCUGGUGGAAAGCAGAAAAGUCAAGAGGAACAACAGCCCGCCGAGACAAUUCCAAACAACAAGGCAUUGAGAGACCUCGCGCGGUCUGAGGGAUGGUUAUGGACGUUCGACAAUUGGAAAUUGUGGCAAACAGCUUUCACCGAGGUCGUAGGGAGCGUGAAUAACGUGAGGGUGCACGAAGUUGUUCGUGGAGAGGCUUCGAAGGCGCUGAAGAUCAUGGAAGAACUUGAGACAUAUCACGAAAUCUAG